GCAGUGCUGGCAGUGCCGAUUCACCGGAUACCAGACCAGCAUUCUUUUCUAAAUAUUUUUGUUUGUGAAGCCGGAAAAUAUUUCUCAAUUUGUGCCAUGAUAGGAGUGGUAGAUCAACCCGUUCUUCCUGGAUUUCGCGUGGAAGAAGCUAUCGAAAUCGCACAAUCAAACAAAAAGGUCGUUCUUGGACCGGGUCUCCAGCAGGACAGUAAUGAUCUGGUAGUUGUAUGCAAAAGCGGUGUACUGCGAAAAAAGGCACCGAACACCUUUUGGGUCGAUUGCUAUCAGAAACGGUACGUUCCCAGUCGAGGAGAAAUAGUGAUAGGAAUCGUAUCCCAGAAGGCCGGCGAUAUAUUUCGGGUUGAUAUAGGUGCCAGCGAACCAGCUUCGCUCUCGUAUAUGGCUUUCGAAGGUGCCACUAAGAAAAAUCGACCGGAUGUCAAUGUGGGUGAUGCUAUUUGUGCACGUCUGCUUAUAGCCAAUCGAGAUUUGGAACCAGAAUUGAUCUGCGUGGAUUCCCAUGGGAAAAAGGGCAAGUUAGGUGUCCUUAAUGAGGGAUUCGUGUUUAGUUGCAGUAUUAAUUUAGUUCGCAAAAUCCUUAACCCUAUAUGUCCAUUUUUGGAUCUUCUCGCAAAGGAAAUGGCUUUUGAAAUGGCAGCUGGAAUGAACGGAAGGAUAUGGAUCAAAGGAAAAACUGUCAAAGAAACAAUAGCCGUAGGUAACGCAAUACUGGCUGUAGAAUAUAAGUCAAAUGAGGAACUCAAGGAGCUGUGUGAUGAUAUUGCGAAUUACGUUGCUGGUUUUUCUUGAAUAAAA